UGUGUAGGCCGCGCCGUUGUAAAGAGUUACCGGAACGACAGGUGAAGCAAAUUGCGAACGGAUAAUAAUUCUGAUGCGCAAAGCAUCAAACUUGUGUAUAUAUACACUAACAGGCUCUGCAAAUCUAAUUUCACUUGCCCUAGCUUUUUGUUUGUGGGUAUUGAUCUAGCUGGUUUUAAUGGCUGCCUCUUUAUUUGGAGUUUCAGAUUAUGGAGGCCUCUCUGAUAAAAGGAUUGUCUGUGGCCGAGGUAACCCUUUUGUGCACAAGGGAGCUGGAUAUGGAUCUCCCAAGGUUUUGGUAUGUACUUGCUCAUUUUCAAAGGAUCAGAGGAUUAAUGGUGGGGAAAAGAAAACAGUGAAGAUAAAUUUUGAUUUUGUUAUCAAGAAACUGCAAUCGAAAUGGUGGAUUCCGAUCUUUGGGUGGUCUGCUGAUGAAAAAUGGGCCGAGGAGUGCAGCAGCAGUGAAUCUGUUAAAUCCUCUGUUCUGCAGAAGACAAGAAAAAUCACUGAAAUUGAGAGCAAGAGUAACGAGGGGGAGAUUUCGGUUAGGAAACAAUCUAAGUUUGUGGCGGUGAGUUUCACUCAAGAGAAGGCCAAAUUGCUGAGGAAAACCCUUCGAUCUACUUCCAAUUUUCAUGAUCUGAUGUAUCAUUCUGCCAUUGCUUCUCGUUUGGCUUCUGCUGAGUCCUCUUCAAAGGAUUGAAACCCCUCUUAAUCUGUCGACAUGGCUUAGUGUAUCACUGUAUAUGAUAAGACUUUUUUGUAUAUAUAGUUGCUGCUCUGUAACUGAUUUUCUUGUACAUCCUGUAUUAGCCUGGCUGUAAAUCUAUGGUAGGAAAAUCACAAUGACCCUGAUAUAGGGUUCCUAGGGUUUGUAAAUUCAGGUAUAAAUAUUGUGAGUGAUGCACUAUUCCAAUUUAUGAAUACUCACUGAUUAAGCAUUUUAUGAGCUGGAGAUCCAUGAUAAUGAACAGGGCACUAGGUUUUUUCA